CGCCUCGACCGGAAGGGGGCGUGUUGUCAGUUUUGUAGCUCGCCGGCUAACUGCAGGCUAAAGUUUCACUUUCUGCCGCCGAGGAGCAACCCGCCGCUGGAGGGACAGCGAUUCCCGGGAAACGAAACCAGAACCGGUUCUCCUUUUACCGGAGGACGUCCAGGUCACAGAUGCGCCCUUGUGUCCGGCUUAGCAGUUUGUGUUAAAGUUUAUUUUUUAUUUAUUUAUCCGUUUCCUCCUCCUCCAAACCGUCGCUCUCCUCAGCUAGCUUUAGCGGCUAGCUCCCCCCCGCUAGCAUGGACAGCGGCGGAAACAUGCAGAGCAGAGAGGAGCGAAGCGCGGAGAAACUGAUGGACAACUACCUGAAGUCGAUCGGUUUCCACCGGAAGAAGAUCGCCAAGGACGGGUCGUGUUUGUUCCGCGCCGUGGCCGAGCAGGUGCUGCACUGCCAGAGCCUCCACACCGAGGUACGGGCCCAGUGUGUGGAGUUCCUGAGGCGGAACCGGGACAGCUACGAGGCGUUCAUCGAAGGAGACUUUGAGGAGUACCUCUGCAAGCUCCAGGACCCGCAGCAGUGGGUGGGAGAGGUGGAGAUCAACGCGCUGGCCGUCAUGUACAAGAGGGACUUCCUGAUCUUCCAGGAGCCUGGCAAGCCGGCCGUGAACAUCACUGCCAACAACUUUAAAGACGAAGUGCGGCUGUGCUUUCUGAACGGGAAUCACUACGACAGCGUUUACCCCGUCAGCCGCAUCAAGAACGCCGCUCUCUGUCAGUCCGUCCUCUACGAGCUGCUGUACGAAGGCGUCUUCAAGGUGGACCGCCACUCGCUGGGUCCGUGCCAGAGGGUCGGUCGGCCCAUGGACCUGCUGAGCGACGACUGCAUGGCGUUCUGCGCCAGCAGCGACGAGUCCGACCUGGAGAACGAGGAGCCGCUGUGGGUGGAAAACGGAGGCGUGUCGUCUUCCCCCAGACCCAGCAGCAGCUACAGGGGCCGGGGCCGAGGCCGCGCGCUGCCUGAGAGGGUGAGGCGCUCCCUGAACCCCACGCUGCUCCGCAACGUCGACUACGACAUCUGGCACAAGAACAAGAGAGCCCAACAGAAGAUGGACUACUCCAUCGCCGCAGGGAUGCAGUUCUCUGCGGGGGAUCGCUGCCAGGUCCGCCUGGAGAAGGGCCGCACCUACAAGGCCACCAUCAGAGAGGCGGCGGCCGAGAACGGCCGCGUGACGGUUUACGUGGAGGAGCUGGGGGAGAAGCAGGUACCCCUGUGGAGCCUCCGGCCAAUCAGCGAGGAGAACAGCUGGACCACCGUCACCAACCGCGACAAGAGGCUGAGCAACGGACACGGAGACUGGGAGGCCCGGGGAAGAGGCCGAGGAAGAGGGAAGUCCAUCCCGGCAGCAGCAGCCUCCUCCUCCUCCUCCUCCUCUGUUUCCCAGGCAGCCACGGUGGGCUCCAGUGGGCGCGUGCAGAAGCAGCACUCAUGGCCCCCCCAGGCCACCGUAGAGGAGCAGGGAGGGCCCAAGUCCAGCAGGAAGUCGCUGGGCGCCACAGAGCCGUACUUUGGUCUAACGGAGAAGGAGCGCUUGGCCAAGCAGGAGGAGGAGAUGAACGUGGCGCUGGUGGAGAUCCAGCUCCGGGACGAGGAGAGCUUCCCUGCCCUCGGCAGUCAGGCUGCGGCUCAGGCUGACGCCGGCAGGAAGAAGAGCGCAGAGAAGAGGCGGCCCCAGAGAACCAAGGCUAAGAGUCCGGUGGAGGACGUGGCAGGCGACAGACCUACGUCCUCCUCCCCACCUCCUGCACCUCCGCCCAGCGCUCCUCCUGCCGUCAAACCCGCUGCUAGCUCCGACCCGGCCGGCCGGAGCCAUCCGAAUGUAAACAUGGCCGCCGCUCCAGGCUCCGCCUCCGUUCUGCCGCCGGCCCGUGCCGCCGAGGAGCCCGGACCGGACGGCGAGUCCUACGCCUCCGCUGCCACCGUGCCCCUCUCCCCUCCGCCGGGCAUCAAGCCGCCCGCCCCGUCCUCCGCCAGCCUCUUCUCCUUCAUCACCCUGGUCCUCCCCGCCGCUUCCUCGGCUCCGCCUUCGUCUUCCUCGCCCGCCGCCUCUCCUCCGACCUUCAUCGCUCCCAUCGCUCCGAGCCCGACGGCUGCCCAGGGCUUCAAGCGGCCCUUCUCCCCCCUCGCCUCCCUGCCCCGCUCUCCCAGUCCCACGUCUUCCUCGACGGUCCCGCCUCCUGUUCAGGUCCAACAAGCUCCGCCGGCCCAGACAAACGCUUUGCCAAAGAUUGAGGAGAGUCUGCCAGGAAGUCAGGCUUCACAAAGUGGGACGUCCGUCUCUCCGGAGCCGACCAAAGCUCCGGUUCCCCAGGAGGAAAAAUCGACCCAACAAGAGGCCCAGACCCAAAGUCAACCUUCUGAGCCGCAGAGCCAAGCCCAGACGCCCCAGACUGAGGCCCGGGCCUCGGACCACCAGCCCCACGCUGACGUGGCUGCAGAGCCUCAAACACUCCCCCAGACUGAGGGCUCCCCCCUUCAGUCCCCACCUCCAGAGGCUCCCCAGUCCGCCAGCACCGAGAGCAGAGAGGAGCCUCCGCCUCAGAGGUCUGACUCUCCUCCUCCUGCUGCUGCCUCCCUGCAGCAACACCCCCCCAGUCUUCCCAGUCUCCCCCAGUUACACCCUCAGUUUCUUCACCCUCACUCCAUCCCCGGGGCCGUCCCCCUGCAGCAGAUGUCCCAGCUCUGCCAGGACCCCCUCUACCCCGGCUUCCCCCAGGGGGAGAAAGGAGAGGUCGCCCAGAUCCCUCCGUACUCGUCCAGCGAGUCUGGAGACGACCUGCCCAAAGAGGUCAACAUAUUGAGAUUUUUCUUCAACUUGGGCGUCAAGGCGUACUCCAUGCCCAUGUUCGCCCCCUACAUGUACCUCUUCCCCCUGCAGCAGUACUACACCAUCCAGCUCAAGCCCCAGACCCACCCCCCGUCCCCCCACUACCCCAGCCCCAGCCCGCCGGCCAAGCUGCAGGAGGCUUACCAGCCCAACCCGUACCCUCCGCCUUCGGCCUCCCCCCAGUACGACCACCAGACCCCCCCGGCUGAGCCCCCUCGCCCCACCGAGCCCAACUUCACCCAGAUUCCUUACCAGGGGGUUGCCCAGCCUCCCCCACAGAGGAUGCCCUGCGCCUCGUUGCCGUGGCAACAGGUGCCCCCACCCAGAAACCCCCCGUGCACGGUCGGGUAUCCCUCGCCGCCCCCGCCAUACUCCAACCUCGCCCCCUCCUCUCAGGCGUACCACCCAGGACAGCCCCCGGUGCACUCGGUGUACCCCCCGGCUGCAGCCCCCUACCCCGCCUUCUCCCUGAGAUAUCAGCCGUCGUCGGCGCCUGAGGAGCUCCAGGUGAGCGCGAUGGAGCAGCUCCAGGCCGCCAACGCGGACCACAUCCACGGCCACAGCCACGUCAGACUCCUGGGUCCUCUGGAGACUCCCCCCGCCGCCAGCAUGGCUAACACUAGCAGCGGCAGAAGCAUCGUGGUCACCAACAACUACGCUUAUAACCCAGCGUUUUCCCCAUCAGCCAUGAAGAAGGAGGGCGGAGAGGGUCUGACCCGAACGGUGCUGCUGGUGGACCCCCCACUCAACAACAAGCCUAUACUCGCCGUGGUGUCCGACCCUGACGACGCCUCGCUAAGGUCCGGCUGUAACCCCGGCUCUCCGUCGACCUACCGAGGCGCCCGCAAACACUUAACCAGCACCAAACCCUACGUCAUGCCCGGCACUCACGAGCCCGGCCAGCUGGUGUACUCGCCGGCCGGGCUCAGCAUGCCGGAGCCCCAGUCGGUGGCGUGCGGCACCGAGGACGACUACGAGGCGGAUGCCUUCCCCAUGAACUACGCUGGGCAGAGGAAGCCCUACAGGGGGCGAGGAGGACGGGGGAGGAGCAGCUACGACCCGGGGAGGGGGGGCCACAGGCGGCGACACGGGGACCCGGGGGCGGGGAUGGGGGCGGGGACUCAUUACUUUAGCUCCUCCUUCAGGGGCCGGGGGCGGGAGAGGGGGUACUAGCUUCAGCCAAUAAGGGAGGAGGAUAUAAAAACGCCUGGUUGUCUGUAAAAUCACAAACACUAUGAGGUUUUUUUGUUCUGCCUUCGUUCUGCAUGUACAAUCUGAAGUUUACAUCUGAACGGUUGAAUGUAAAAAAUUAAAACGUUGAGCUCACAGUGCUGGAAAUGUCGGGACGUGCGUCCGUUUGGACCACCAUAGGAAUUUGCUCUGUGUUUAAGGCCUUUUCUGUUUUUCCCCUCAUGUUUAAUACGAAGCACUGCUGCGUCUCUCCACUCAAACAAAUACCGCUUCCUUUCAUAACUACAAUUUACGACAGUCUCCUGUCACUUGAACGCACCGUAAGGCCUGGACUAGUGGAGGAACAGGGGGUUGUGUUUUGGUGUGAGAAGCUCUGGAUGCGUCUGCGGGGGUUCUGCUUUUACUCAGCGCUGUGUGUGUGUGUGUGUGUGUGUGUGUGUUUGUUAUGCUGCUGGUUUCAUCUUCACUCUAGAUCUACGUCUAACCCCUGAGGAAUCAGUGCCUUAAGUUUGCUACUUUUAUUUUGGUGAGAAACACUGCUGUACAGAACAAAGAAUGUCUGCCUUGGAUUUUUCUAUGUGGUUAAAUAAAAGUUUGGUUCAAA